AUGGGCUCGUUGCAGAGCUUCAAGCUCCUCUACAUAUCCAUAUUCCUUCUCUUCUUUUUAUCGCCCGUUCUAUCUUCGUAUUCGCCGCAGCUUGAAAUCCUAUAUUGGCAUCUUGACCAGGCCGAACCCUUAGUGCUCGCCCAUGUCUCAUACGAUACCGCAACGCUAAAGUCAGAUCUCAUCGACUAUUCUCCUCCUCCCACAGAACUCUCCCAGGGCAUAGCACGCGUAGGCUUCUAUGCUGCGACUUCUACGAAUUCGCGGCAAUGGGUUGGCACGCUCGUAUCACCGUCUGCGCUGACGGGACUUGUUGCAUCACAAAAGCCGAUUCUCCGCCUGCAUGUUAGUCCUUCCAACGAAAUCUAUCAUGUCUCCUUGGACUCUACCUCUGUGUCUACAUCCUCGUUACAUAGCAUCCUAGUUGAGCUCGUGGCGGAUGAGCUCGGUCCUAGCCCGCACCUCAAUCGCCCGAUUGUUGUUGGUCGGGACGGUAAGAAUUCAGAGGAACAACCGGAGAAGACUAUGUUUCAGAAGUACUGGUGGGUGUUCCUCAUUGUUACGUUCUUGGCCAUGUCCGGAGGAGGGGAACGGCAAUGA